UCUUUUCCCUAAAACUCCCUCCUUAAAAAGGCUCUCCCAUUUUCUCUUUCCUCAGAUCUCAACCUCUCCUUCUCCUUCUUCUUCCUCCUCGCUUCCAUCCGAGCCCUAGUUUUCCACCGCAUCUCUCAAUAUUCAGAAAAUGGGGAAGCAGUCCAAAGGCAAGAAGUCUGAGAAUUUGGGUAAGGGAAAAGUCACCCCCGUCCAAAUCGCCUUCAUCGUCGACCGAUACCUCUGCGACAACAACUACUCGGAAACCCGCUCUCUUUUCAGAACCGAAGCUUCGUCCCUCAUCGCCAAAUCGCCGAUUCGAGAGGCACCUAAGAGUUUGCUGAGCUUGGCGGAGAUUUUGGACGAGUACAUACUGUUGAAGGAGCAGAAGGUGAUUUUGGACCAGGAGAAGGUCCGGGUGGAGCAGGAGAAGACCCGGGUCCAAACCCUGCUGAAGGGGAUGCAAAGCGUGAUGAACACUUACAAUGCCGGCGGAAGUCCCGCAGUCUCUGCACCUCCUGCUGUGGCUCCGAAGCCGAUGCUUAUGGCUACUCCGUCUCACCCGUCUAAUGGGUCCGCUGCAGUUGCUCCUGUGUCAACACCUUCCAACCCCAACAUGAGGCCUGGGAAUUUCUGCUCGCCAAUUACAGUUGACCCACCUACAACUAAGAGAAAGAGUUCUAAGGUUCCCGUGGAUGGUUUGAAUGCUGCUAAGAGAUCUUGCAGCAAAUUACCUGCUGGCAAGAGCAAUAUGCACAACAAAGGAGAACAAGCGGUUUCAGGAUCAGGUGAUGCACUCGAUAAUAAAAAAUCUGCCCAAUCCUCUUUGGCUGUUCACCCAUCACCUCACGAUUUGGUUCCCAAUGGCUCCACCGUGGCUAAAUGCUUGUUCAACCAGCCAUCAUUUUCUGUCCCAACUAAUAACUCUGGUCCUCAGACACCUCAGCGAGCAAAUUCAAUUCAAGUCAGCAAGUCUACACCUUUUGAGAUUUCUUCCACUGCUACUUGCAGUUAUAAUUCUCCUCCAGAUGUAAAUCCAACUUGCACCAUUUUUUCUUCAAAGAGAGUGACUCUGAGCCCAAACAAAGCUUGCUACACUGUGGAAACAAACCAUUGCAUUUCUUCACCUGCCAAGACAAGUAAGAGGGAGUCCCAUGUAAAGGGGAGGCUCAAUUUUGACUGUUCUGAUGUGCCAAUGGGCUUGGAGAAACCAUCUGGCGAUGAGAUUUCAUCACCUGAGUCUGAAAGGGAAGUUGAUCUCUUUGACAUUGAUUUGACGAACUUUGAUGCCAUUGGGGCGGAUUUCUCCUUCACUGAAAUGUUAGGUGAAUUUGAUCUUCAUUGUGAAGAACUUGGUCUACCAAACUUUGAUGCUUCCACUGUGACGGUUUCGGGGUCAUCUUAUGAAUCUGCGGAUGGUAACGUGGGGGCCAAUCAAGUUUUGUCAGAAUUUACAUCAACUGUGACAGAAGUACUAUCAGAGAAGGACAUGAAUGUGCAAGGAUCUGAUUCCUUGACUGCGAUGAAGUCUGUGACAAAAUGUAUUAGGAUUAUAAGCCCUGUGAAAAAUCGCGGAAGCUCUCAGGAUUAGGAGAAUUGUAUUGCAACGAUCUGACUGUUUCUGGGAAUGACUGUUAGGCUGACAUGGUACUGGACUUCCUGCAGAAGCUUUCUAAUUGUGUUAACAAUUCAACAACUUAGAGUUGCUGUAUCAUUAGAUAACUCACGGUGUGAGUCUCAUGCUCCUUAGAAAUACAUGUAAUUUUGUAGUUAAUACGCUCUGGUUGCAGUCCUGGGCUUACGUAGGCUAAUGGCUUGUACUUGGUUCCGUUUCAUGUAAGUCUCUCUCCUCGAACAUGAAGGAUUGUUCAUAUUUAACAAGGUCUGCUUUUGACUUUCAUAAUUUCAGCAAAAACAAAAUAUAAAGUCGAAGUCUCUUUAGUUCA